AGCUAACGUGAAUCGCUGUCCGUAUAUUCUGAAGCCUUGAGAUAUUACAUAAAUCACUGACUUCCGGGAGGUGCACUCGUACAUUGUCUUGUGUGAAGGAAUGAGCGCUUAUCCUCACGUGCGCCCUCUGAAAACCUCCAAAGCUACCUUCAAAAGCUGGCUGUGUAUUCUGGGGAUGAAAACAUUGAAGGCGCACUCAUACAAGCAAAGGGAGGUGUUCCACGCGCCCUUCUUCACCACCCGGUUCUGUACGGCCUGGACGGGGCUCUUCUGCCCGCUCUGCCUCACCUGCCUCUUCUGCUUCAGGAGGGACAAGGACUCACUCAAGGUCUCCCUCAAAACCAUCGCGCAGAACUUCAGGGACCGCGGCAUCACUUUCAGCAAGUUCAUGACCCGGUGCUGCCUCUUCUGCAUGCUGUGGCUGGUGACAGACUACAUGCACGUCUACUCGCUUCGGAUCCUCGACUGCACUGACGUCAUGGCUCUCUACUCUGCCCACGUCUCCUUCGUGUUCCUCCUCUCGUGGAUGAUCCUGCAUGACCAGUUUGUCGGCGUUAGGGUAACCCAUGAACUACCCCUAACAAUUGUGAUGAAGAACCAGAAGUGGGCUGUAGGUGACGAGAUAACUACUCCAGGUCAUCGCGGAAGUGGCGAGGUGACCCCAUACAACUCCACAAGGUCGUGGAGGACGCCAGGCAUAGUCCUGCACACUCCAGAAAUUCAUAUCAACACCACCUUGACUCCUGCUGCUAGCUGGCGAAGGCCACGUGGUCACCUACACUCAGCCAUCCACCUCACCUGGACACCCACCUGCCCCGGACAUCAUCCAGCCGCAAGAACCCAGAUAAGCACUUCCGGGGUCCUUGGUUUUGAUUAGCUAGCUAGUUUAGUUAGGGGUCACUUGCUGUAGAUAGGAACCCUCCUCGGUCUUUUUUUUUUUUUUUUUUUUUUUUGGUGUAACGCUGUGCUCCACGUGAGUGAUAAACAUUGUUUAUCUUUUAUUUUUUUUCUUGAAGACCAGUUGAUGUGGUUAUCUUGGAGGUUAACGGAGAAGAGUACUUUACACCCGUGUUUUUAUUUAUUUUCUUAUAAGUCACUUUUUGUUUUUUGUUGAUUGCUAUUUAUUUAUUUAUUUUUAUUGAAAAAUGAGUGUGAAUGCAGCACAAUAUAUAAAGGUGUGCAUUCCAGAGUGAAAGGAAGGCGUGCACAGGUUAGAGUGCACAGGAUGCAGUGCCUUUUUUAUCACCAGACCUUGAUUGAUUGAAGCAAAUGAAAACUUUGGUAUGAAUUGUUCUCUUUCCAAGGGUUGAGGAGAACAUGGUCGUGGUUCAAGUGAAGCCACUACAGCCACUGCCUGACAAGUCUUCCACACUGAUAGACAGUGGCAGCAAACACACAAGGGAGGAUGGUGUGGUGGACAAGAGGAUGCAGGGAGACGGCAGACAGAAUGGAAGCUACAGAUGAAAGAAGAGCAGGUCAAGCCAUGGCAGCAGACAGACAGACAGACAGAUUGGAUCAGAAAGAAGUAUUAUUUAGUGAGCACCAGAAGCAGUCUUCCUCACACGAACCGUUUCAUUGCCGGGACUUGAAGGCUGCUGAAGCAAUGCGGCGGAGGUCACGCCCCUUAAAGUGUUUAUACUUACUGUCAACACCAUAACUAAAGCAAACACUUUAGUGCAGGUAGUUAAAUAAGUGCAAUCAUUGUUCCAGAUUCCUAAAUUCACAAAGUACAUAAACUCAUUGAAAGUUUUUAGUGCAGGUAAUUAAAGUUUUAGUGAAAUAAUUGUUCCUAUUCCUAAUGUUGUGUGGUGCAUUACCUCAGACAGGCCCACUGGAAGCUGUCAGUCUGCUGCGGCACGUGGCAAGAACCAAGUGUUGAGGAGCACACGUUGUCCCUUCACCAGUCAGCAGGUCUGGGCGGCUCGGAAGUCUCACUACAAACUGGAGAUCCAUUCUCUUGGACACAGCUGGAGGCGGACACAAGAUUCAAGAGGGAGUCAUUUUAACGAGAGCUUCAGGCAGAAAAUUCGAGGGGAUUUUCAUUUCUAAAAAUAUCUUAUUUUUGGGGGGAUAUUUUGAAUCCUUCUUUGUGGAAAAAUAACUCCAGAUAUUAUGAUUCUAGCUGGAAGUUGACCUGAGCAAUGUAGGGUUUGCUGCUGUGUGAUUAUCAUCACCAAGGCACAAGUGUCCGGGAUUUAAAGAUGAUGGAAAUGUGUCCUGUGUGCUGCUGUGCUGGGAGAGGGAGAGGAACAGCAGCAGUGGUGGGGCUCUGCUGCUGCUGUCACUGGUGCAGCUGCCUUCCCUCAACAUACUGUGUCUUCUCUCACCUGCAAUGAACAACUAUGAACAAUACUUUUGCGAUGAAGAACAGUGAAUAACACCUCUCCCCAUAUGGUUGCAAGUCUCUCUCUCUCUCUCUCUCUCUCUCUCUCUCUCUCUCUCUCUCUCUCUCUCUCUCUCUCUCUCUCUCUCUCUCUCUCUCCACAGUCCCACAGUAUGUCCCCCACAGUAUGUUUACAAACCCACAGUGACUCCCCACAGCCCCUCACCAACACCCUCACCAACAAUUGUCUCCACACACACACACCAUUACAUACACAAAUGUUGCAAUCUUGUACACACACACACACACACACACACACACACACACACACCACACAAAUGUUGCAAUCUUGUACACACACACACACACACACACACACACCAUUACAUACACCAAUGUUGCAAUCUUGUACAGUGUCUACAAUAAAGAAUGAAACCAAAA